GCGUACUUAAAUACGAAGAGUCGGCUUAAGGCUCACAAGUUCAACAGCAGCCACUGUUUAAUUAGUAUCAAUUUUUCGAGAGUAUCUGCUCCAUUUGUCCUCUUUACUCAAAUCGUUCCCGUGCAAUUUACUUACCUUCACGUUACACAGUGUGUUACAUUUAUAUUUUACUUCGUGUGAAAGAAAGAAGAAAUACGACUGUGACAAUGGUGUCAGAAAAAUUAUCUCCGACAUUCUUGAUAACAGUUUUUGUCAUCUUACCGGUAUGUGUGUGUAUCAUUCUAAAGGCACAAUAUUAUCGUGCGAACCAUCCAUUGAAAUUGUUCCGUUAUAAUUCUGACAAUAGUAAAUAUUCAAAAGAUUCCGAUAUAGUUAUAUCGGAAUCAUAUGAUGAUCCCGACAAUGUGAAAAACGAGAAAGUGAGGAUGCGUUCUUCAGCUGCGGACAAGAUUCGUAAGCCCAAAGAAUCGGAAAACAAUAUUAUAUUUCCGGACGAAGACAUCUUGCAAGUGCGUACCGGCGAUGAUAUUGCAAAUCUUGAAUACGGUUUGGUGCCAACUUGUAAUGAGAAAAAUUUCUGCGAAAAAGUUCCAUAUUAUCCCACGAAGUUGGUGAAUGAAAUCCUCAGGAACAAUCCCAGUCUGAUGAAUUACGCGACUGUGGACGCCGUGGAAACUAUUUCGCAUCGGGCAGGCUUAGGUGACGACGAGCUUUGUACUUCUAUGGUAAGUUUGAUAAACCCCAGAUCGGCCAAAAACAUAAAUGACGAUUGGCUGUUUAUCGUACAAUCAGAGGACUCGAAUUUCACUCAAGCUGUACGAGUCGAAAUUUGCGGAAAUGAAGGCACUUCUUGUAAAACAAUCGAUGGUGUCAAUUUAGGAUACAGUACAACGUGCAAGCAGAAACUUAUUUAUCGCCAACUGACGGCCAUCUCCUAUCAAGGCGACAUCAUUCGCGAUUUAUUCCCGAUUCCUGCGAGUUGUUGCUGUCAUCUUAUUAACGAUCUUACGCUUCAAGAUAAGAGUGUCAAGUCUGUGGAAGAAACCAGUGGAAGAAACGCGGCGUAAUCUCCGAAUUACGCAAGAGACAUUUGAGAAUACUUAAAAGUUUAAGACAAAAUAUGUAGGACUUGAAUAUCAAGCGCAAUUCUCGAUUAUGAAAUUAUGUUUGGCCACGGAGUUUCUUACAACUCAAAGCCGAAGAGGAUACGUCACUCGUGACUAAGAAUCUUUGAGAACGUUAUAUGUCGAAUAAGAUAUUUUGAUGAUCUGAAAGAAUGGACAUUAAAAGACCAUGCAAAUCGACAAACGAAUAUUUGUGAACAAAAUAUGCGCUCCCAUGUUAUUUCAAGUGUGUUCUCAUCUCGUCGUUAACAUUAGUAUAACAUCAUCUCCAUUAACCUUCAUGAACGAAUCGUUAGAUAAAACGAUUAUAUGGCUCAUUAUUCUAAAAGAUCUUCUUGGAAUGCUUUGAAAUCAGCAAGAGAGACUUCAUCAAGCCGACGGGAAAUAUUUCCCAAUCUAUUUCAUAAACAGCGGUAUCGAUUUUGGCGCUCUAAGCGCAAGUAAGAAUAAGGGCCAAAGUUUACAAGACAAGCUUGGUGAAUUCUAAACUCGAAGUGAACGCGAGGAAUACAUUUCGACAGAAAUAUAACUUUGAACUACUAACUUGGAAUUACUAAUUUUAAAGUGUCCGGCCUUGAGCAUUACUUCGUUGUCGAACCAGCGAUACAAAUAGAUCUGCAUUAGCACGCAACCCAGAUAAGAUAAGCUCGAAACUCGAAACUCAACAGACUCUUCGUGGACAUCUUGUAAAUACUUAGACAGAGCACCGUCGAGUUCACGGCGAACUGUACGAAGAUCAUUACUGCGAACACCGAAUUGAUGCGUUCCGCGAGUCUACAUAAGAUGUAAAAUUAGUCAAUCGAUGCGUUUUAUGCUCGAGUGACUUUUUUUUCCCUCGAUCUCACCCGUAUAUGUAGCGAUGAUGGCGGACAAACUUGCGAAUUAUCCAUCGUUCGUGCGUUUUCAUAUUUCUUUUCGAGGCGCAGCUACGCUAUUUUUGGGACUCUCUUCUCAACGUGUUCGGCAACAUGCGAGCACGAUGGCAAAGCACGUGUAUGUCCAGUUGGGAACAAGUCUGUAGCAUGAAGCCGAAGAUGAGCGUCUCGUGAGCGACGCUGGCGUUCCAGUGCAACCAUCAAACCGAUGGUCUAGUGCAACAUGGUGGCCCAGAAGUUAUUCAUCGGUGUGAUGUUGUAGGAUACCUAGUCGGACAGCAGUAGGAUGUGGAUGUUGGCGAAAUACCGGAACUGGGAAACUGUGGCGAGAAAAACAGCCAACUCGUUGAGUAUCUCGCAUAGUGAUCGUCCUGAGAAGAUAUUCUUGGUUCCAUAAAUUGGUGGUAUACGUUUAGAAAUUUCUUAGAUAAGGUAAAUGUCCCUAUUUGUGACCAUGUAAGG